UACCUUACAUCUGUGGUUUGCAAAAAUCCAUUCGGGAUUUUGCAUGAGGACCGAACUCCUCCAACGUUCACGCCCCAAGCAAAUUCCCCCUGCGGCUGUACCGUUGAGUCCUCAUCUUCAGGAUCACCCCUACUCCGCGGGAGCAAGGCGACUGCCGUGACGACUUCAAGUCAGCACAUCGGGUCUCCUCUUCAUCACAUCACGACGCCUCCCCUCUAUGCGGAUAAAUAA